GGAGCCACUUCCGGUUCUCGCGGUCACGUGACCGCCAGCCCACGUGACCUCGCGGCCCCUGCAGCGCGAUGGCGGCGGGGCUGGCGCCCGUCUUGCUGCUCCUCGGGCUCUCUGCGCGUGGGCCCGCGCCAGGAGGCGCCGCGAAGAUGAAGGUGGUGGAGGAGCCCAACACGUUCGGGGUGAACAACCCGUUCUUGCCCCAGGCCAGUCGCCUCCAGGCCAAGAGGGAUCCUUCCCCCGUGUCUGGGCCCGUGCAUCUCUCCCGACUCUCCGGCAAGUGCUUCAGCCUGGUGGAGUCCACGUACAAGUACGAGUUCUGUCCAUUCCACAACGUGACCCAGCACGAGCAGACCUUCCGCUGGAACGCCUACAGCGGGAUCCUUGGCAUCUGGCACGAGUGGGAGAUUGCCAACAACACCUUCACGGGCAUGUGGAUGAGGGACGGCGAUGCCUGCCGGUCCCGGAGCCGGCAGAGCAAGGUAGAGCUGACGUGUGGAAAAAGCAACCGGCUGGCCCAUGUGUCCGAGCCCAGCACCUGUGUGUACGCGCUGACGUUCGAGACGCCCCUCGUCUGCCACCCCCACUCCUUGCUAGUGUACCCAGCCCUGCCAGAGGCCCUGCAGCGGCGGUGGGACCAGGUGGAACAGGACCUGGCCGACGAGCUGAUCACCCCCCAGGGCCAUCAGAAGUUGCUGCAGACACUCUUUGAGGAUGCCGGCUACUUGAGAAGCCCAGAAGAUGAACCCCCAGAGCUGGAGGGAGGUCCUGAUGGCUUGGGGUUUGAGACCCUGGAAAACUGCAGAAAGGCUCAUAAAGAACUGUCAGAGGAGCUGAAAAGGCUGAAAGGUCUGCUCACCCAGCACGGCAUUCCCCAUGCAAAGCCCACAGAUUUAUGCCUUCCUGGCCACCUGAGGAGCCUGAACAGAGAGGAAUUCAAUUCGAGUUUCCGCGACCAUAUCACCAAGUGGGAGGGGCAGUGGUUCAGACCCCACUCCCACACUGACUCUCAAGGACUCCAACGAGACGUGCCCAUGCGGUGACAUCUGUCAGUGUGUAUGCAGCUUUAGAUGGUUUCAAAUGCUACUUUAAAACAAAACUGGGCAGGCAGGCAGCGUGGCCCACACCUGUAAUCCCAGCACUCUGGGAGGCCGAGGCGGGCGGAUCAUUUGAGCUCAUCAGGAGUUGGAGACCAGCCUGGCCAACGUGGUGAAACCUGGUCUCUACUAAAAAUACAAAAACUAGCUUGGCAUGGUGGCGGGCACCUGUGCUACUCGGGAGGCUGAGGCAGAAGAAUCACUUGAACCCGGGAGGCGGAGGCUGCUGCAGUGGGCCAAGAUCUCUGGAGCCUGGGCAACAGAGUGAGACUUUGUCUUAAAAAAAUAUAUAAAAAUAUUGUAAAUUUUGUACUUUUUGUAGGCAGGAAUCUCACUGUGUUACCGAGGCUGCUCUUGAAUCCCUGGCCUCAAGUGAUGCACCCGCCUCGGCCUCUCAAAGUGCUGGGAUUACAAGUGUGAGCCACCAUGUUGGCUCAAAGUGUUGAGUUUUGGUUUGGUUUGGUUUUAGAUGUAGUUUUGCUCUUGUUGCCCAGGCUGGAGUGCAAUGACGUGAUCCCAGCUCCCCACAACCUCCGCCUCCUGGGUCCUAGCGAUUCUCCUGCCUCACCCUCCGGAGUGGCUGGGAUUACAGGCAGGCACCGCCAUGCCAGGCUCAUUUUGUAUUUUCAGUGGAGAUGGAGCUUCACCACGUUGGCCAGGCUGGUCUUGAAUUCCUGGCCUAAAGGUGAUCUGCUCACCUCAGCCUUUCAAAGUGCUGGGAUUACAGGUAUGAGCCACCGUGCCUGGCCAAGUGUUGGUUCUUUUAAUAUGUAACAAAUAGCCAGGCGGAUCACAAGGUCAAGACACUGAGACCAGCCUGGCCAACAUGGUGGAACCCCACCUCGACUAAAAAUACAAAAAUUAGCCGGACGUAGUGGUGCACACCUGUAAUCCCAGCUACUCGGGAGGCUGAGGCAGGAGAAUCGCUUGAACCCAGGAGGUGGAGACUGUGGCGAGCCAGGGGGAUCAUCCCACUGCACUUCUGCCUAGGCAACAGAGCGAGACUCCAUCUCCAGAAGGACAGGGGGCGGUGGAACACGUGACCAGUCACAUAAGUAACGUUUUUUUAAUGGAAAGAUGCCGUGAGCAUGUGCCAUGCGGUUUCCCUCCGUGGAUCAGGCACACGGCUCAGUGCGGGGCCCCUAACUCAGGAGGGUGUCUGGGUGGGAAUGCUCGUGGGGGGGGCGCCGGCACUCACCUAAGGGGCUGUAGGAUGAGGAUGCGGAGCCCAGUGCCCCCGCCUCUGAGCGCAGGGGUGGUGGCUGCUGGGGGGGCGUCAUGGCCGAGGAGCCCGAGGGCCCCGGCAGGGGCUGGGACAGCGAGCCGAGCGGCGAGGUGGAUGCAGAGGAUGGCGAGUGCACUGUCGGUGCUCGGGGCAGGGAGCCGGGGAUGGCGACAGGCGCAGAGCCAGCCAGCAACCUGGGACCUGGCGGGGGCAGCCCAGUGAGUGAAGGGAGUAAGGCCAGGCCUCUGCCCAAACAUCUGCCCACGGGCUGGGGGCAGCCACAGAAGAUGGACCCUGUAAGGCGCUGGUGGUGGGGACAUGGGGGUGGGGAGGCAGGGGUGAUGGAGGCCAGGCCAGGCCAGCAGCCGCCAUCCAUGGGUGUGGAGCCACAGAGCUCCAGGUAACCACAUCCCUCACAGCUGGGGAAGCCACGGGCUCAAAGGGAUUCUAACCAGAGGUGGGGACACAGGCAAUUCAAUGUGGUCCCCCAAGAGGCCAGACACCCACCAGGCCCUGCCAGCCAACUCAGCCAUUGGCACAGCCCUCCCAGCACUGGUCCAGGGCCCCGAAAUGGUUUCUUUUCUUUUACAGUCAGAAAGAAAAAGAUAAACUUUUAGGCUGAAGGAAGGCAUCUUGUGUAAGAUGUUAGGAUACAUUAAGAUACAUUUGCAUUGGCCGGGCAAGGUGGUUCACAUCUGUGAUCCCAGCACUCUGGGAGACUAAGGCAGGCGGAUCACGAGGUCAAGAGAUGGAGACCAUCCUGGCCAAGACGGUGAAACCCCAUCUCUACUAAAAUACAUAAAUUAGUUGGGUGUGGUGGCGCGGGCCUGGAGUCCCAGCUUCUUGGGAGGCUGAGGCUGGAGAAUCACUUGAACUCGGAAGGCGGAGGCUGCAGUGAGCCGAGAUCGCCCCACUGCACUCCAGCCUGGCGACAGAACAAGACUCAGUCUCAGAAAAAAUAAAUAAAAAUAUAUCGGAGUUGA